CUUCACUUGUUGCUCUUCACUAGUGCUGCGCUCAGCACGACAAGCCUAGUAGCCGUUUUCGCACCAAUCUUCGAUACGUGGUGUGACCAGCCAGUCUGCGGAACCGCUCUUACGCCUGUAGCCUGUACAGAGCGGUGCUCUCAAGGCUGAGCACACAAGAGACGCGCUCAUGGCAGCAAUGAACGCGGACAACGAGGUCUUCUUGACGGUAGCGCUGCCCACGGACAUAGUCACACGAGACUAUCGCCUUCAAUGCCUCCGGGAGGCGGACGGCGUGCGAUCCGUCGUCGUCGAGGAGGACAGAGUACGAUGCGGUCCCUUCGUGCUGGGAGACGAGGCCGCGGUGCCGCCGCUUCUGUACGCGUUCGCGUGCGCGGCCGCCGACGCGGGCGAGGACCCGGUCGUGACGUUCGACGAGGCCGAGGACUGCCUCGAGUUCCUGCGCGCGGUCGCGCAACAGCGGCCCGGCGCGGCGGCCGCAGCGGCAAAGACCAUCGCCGCCGUCGAGCGAAGCAUCAGCGACUCGGCACCGCUGCCGGAAGCGGACCGCGCCGUCCACGAAGUGGGAGCCUUCCUGCCACACGAGUGUAGCAAGAUCAUUGAAUACGCCGAGGCGCACGGCUUGGAGCGGGGCGCGCGGCAUGCCGCGCACGCGACGACCGACGUGUCCUGUUUUGAUGUACCACAGCUCCGGUGGGUCGCGGCCGCGUGUUCAGAGCGCGUCGUCCCGCUGCUCGCAAAGCUAUUCGGCGUUGAUGAUCUAGUACUCGCCGACCUCUUCGUGGCCCGCUACGCGGCCGAUGGCCAGCGGGCGCUCGAGGAACACGAGGACGGUUCGCCCUGGUCGUUCGUCGUGCCGCUCAAUGACCGUUUCGAGGGGGGCGGCACGCAGUUCGUCGAGCUCGAGGGCGCGCCGAUCUUCCGGCCGGCGGUCGGCGCGGCGCUGCUCUUCUCGGGCAAAAAUCGCCACCGGGGCGUCGCCACGACGGAAGGGGUGCGCUACAUUCUGGCCGGAUUCGUCGACGUGCGCAAGGGCUUCGUGGACAAGCGCAAGCGGUCGCGAAGCCGGUCACCGCCGCCGGAAUCGUCUCCGCAGUCGCGGAAGCGUGCGCGCGGCGCGGCGGCCUCGCCCGAGUCCUCGCAGAAUCAGGGGGCGGCUGCGUUCGACGCCUGCGCUCGGGCCGCCCGCCCCGUGCUCCAGCAGCUCGCAGGCAUGCCGGAUGACCGCGCACGCCUCGCUCAGGCUGUGCUCGACGCGAUUCCGGAGUAA